AUGGAUGAGUAUGAUAGUGGUGGCGGAAGUGCUGAUAAAGCUCCGGAAGCGGAGGAAGAAGGAAGCACUCCACCACUUCCUGAGAAGGUUCAAGUUGGCGGUUCGCCUUUAUACAGACUCGAUAGAAAACUUGGGAAGGGAGGAUUUGGACAAGUCUAUGUUGGUAGGCGUCUAGGAGCUGGCUCCGGUGCCAUUGAGGUAGCAUUAAAAUUUGAGCAUAGAAGCAGCAAAGGGUGCAAUUAUGGACCUCCCCAUGAGUGGCAGGUUUACAAUACAUUAGGUGGUAGUCAUGGUGUUCCACGAGUACAUUACAAGGGACGGCAAGGUGACUACUAUAUUAUGGUCAUGGAUAUCCUUGGCCCUAGUCUAUGGGAUGUUUGGAAUAACAACUCUCACACGAUGUCUACUGAAAUGGUGGCGUGUAUUGCAAUUGAAGCUAUCUCCAUAUUAGAGAAAAUGCAUUGUAAAGGAUACGUGCAUGGUGAUGUAAAACCUGAAAACUUUUUGCUUGGACCCCCGGGAACCCUUGAUGAGAAAAAGUUGUUUCUGGUUGAUCUUGGAUUAGCAACUCGUUGGCGUGAUAGUUCAACUGGCCUUCAUGUUGAUUAUGAUCAACGCCCAGAUGUGUUUAGGGGCACAGUUCGUUACGCUAGUGUGCAUGCACAUCUUGGUAGAACAGGUAGCAGGAGAGAUGAUUUGGAAUCUCUUGCUUUCACGCUUGUCUUUCUUCUCCGUGGUCGGUUGCCUUGGCAAGGAUACCAGGGAGAAAAUAAAGGAUUUCUUGUCUGCAAGAAAAAAAUGGCAACUUCUCCUGAAGCUUUGUGUUGCUUUUGUCCUGCACCUUUCCGGCAGUUUGUUGAACAUGUAGUGAAUUUGAAGUUUGACGAAGAACCAAAUUAUGCAAAGUAUAUAUCCCUUUUUGAUGGAAUUGUGGGUCCAAACCCUGACAUUAGGCCAAUAAAUACCGAGGGUGCACAGAAGCUUGUAUGCCAAGUUGGACAAAAGAGAGGACGAUUCACCAUGGAAGAGGAUGACAAUGAACAGCCAAAGAAGAGGGUCCGAAUGGGAACGCCAGCAACACAGUGGAUUAGUGUUUACAAUGCUCGGAGACCAAUGAAACAAAGGUAUCAUUACAAUGUGGCCGAUGAGCGGCUCUCCCAACAUAUUGAAAAAGGGAAUGAAGAUGGUUUGUUUAUCAGUAGCGUGGCUUCUUGUGCUAGUCUUUGGGCUCUCAUUAUGGAUGCUGGCACUGGUUUCACAGCACAAGUUUAUGAACUGUCUUCCAGUUUUCUUCACAAGGAAUGGAUUAUGGAGCAGUGGGAUAAUAAUUACUACAUCAGUGCCAUAGCUGGAGCUUGUAAUGGGUCCUCAUUGGUUGUAAUGUCAAAAGGGACCCAAUACAUGCAACAAUCCUAUAAAGUCAGCGACUCAUUUCCAUUUAAGUGGAUCAACAAAAAAUGGAAAGAAGGAUUUUUCGUCACUGCUAUGGCCACUGCUGGCACUAGAUGGGCAAUUGUUAUGUCUCGUGGAGUUGGGUUUUCAGACCAGGUUGUGGAACUUGAUUUCCUGUACCCUAGUGAAGGUAUUCAUCGAAGGUGGGAAAACAAUUACCGCAUCACCGCAACUGCUGCGACGCCUGAUCAGGCUGCUUUUAUUUUAAGUGUCCCUAGAAGAAAACCAACUGAUGAAACACAAGAAACGCUUCGCACGUCUGAUUUUCCAAGUACUCAUGUUAAGGAAAAAUGGGCAAAGAACCUCUAUAUUGCUUCUAUUAGUUACGGGAGAACAGUUUCAUAA